AUGCGCCUGUACACCGUUGUCGUCCUCGCAACCGCCUUCCUGCUUGGUGGCAGCGUCACUUCCGCUCUUCAACCGGGACAGAUCGCUCUGUCUGAGACGGAGUCAGUCGGUGCUGCCCUCCAACACGACAGCGCCGCCAAGCGGUCCUUGAGAAUCCGCGAGUCGACUGAAGAUUACCAAGACGAAGAUGAUGAAGAAGAAGACGUUGACGAAGAGGAAGAGGAAGAGGAAAGGGGGUGGCUGAAAAGUCUCAAGUUCUUGAAGUGGCUCAAGAAAGGAAUGAACCCCAAGCACGUGUCGAAGAAGCUGGGGCUUGACGGCCUGGGUGAAAAAGCACGCGACCACCCGAAGUACCAGACGUACCUCGACUACUCCCGUUAUUGGUGUAGUAAGCAGUAA